ACAACACAAAAAUUCCAAUUAAUAACUUUUAGAAUUUACCUUGUUUUAACAAAAUCAAAUAAGCUGUGGUUUGCAAUUUCCAGCGCCACAGUGGAGAGUGGAGAUUGCUUACUCAUUUCAAUUCAAAAUCCACAAUGUCCACGAAACCCAUACACGACGAACACCUCUCGUCAUCGGAGGAGGAGGAGGAGGAGGAGGAGCUUCUUACACCUUCAACCUCCUCCUCUCGUCUUCAUGAGAUCCUUAACUCAGUAUCCAAUUCUGUUGAAGAAGGAGACCCUGAACAAUCUCAAAAUUCGGUGGCAGAUUUGAUUGACUUCCUUAAUUCGGUCUCUGAUGAUGCCCUUUCAGACCCAGAUAACGAAAAUGCCAAAAACAAGGCUUUUCAUGUUCUCUCACAACUCCACCAUUAUGUUUUUUCUCCUUCGUUUGACGAGGCAACAGUUGAUGCACUUUCGUUUGAGCUGCCUAAAGCAGCUUCAAGAUUUGGAGGGGUCUCAGAUAAAUGCUUGGUCAUUGCUGGUAAAGUGAUUGACCGGUUUGUGUCAUUGUGUAGUCCUCGAGAGAUGCUUCCCAUUCUCUGUGAGGCAUUAGAUUCCCCAAGUGAAAUGAACAGUGGUUCUAGUUAUUUUGUCCCUCUUCUAAAUGGGCUUUCUCAAGUUCUUAUAUCCAUUCAGAAGCGGCACUUUGAACAACUAAAAACGGCAAUCCCCAUUGUUGUCAAAGUUUUAAUGGCUGUGUCUUCAGAGUUUGACAAUGACUGUACAGAACUGAAAGAUCUUUAUGAUGGAGCUUUGAGUAUAGCGAAUUCAGUACAUUCAGUUUGCAUAAAACAGGAGGGUAGUGUAAAUGAGAAGAUUCGUGCUCUACUUGGCCUAUAUGUCCUGCAAAUUAUGGCGCUGGCCUCAAUCAACAUGAAUUUUAUGGUGUUAAGCUUGCAACCCUUGGUAGCACAACUAUCAAGUUUCUUACCUUAUUGUGGUUUGUCAUAUCUUGGCUUAAUAACUGGAUCUGAUGUUGACAGAAUGAUUGGCAUUGCCUUUGAAGAUGAUGUAGAUGAAUAUGUGAGUUGCUUGUCUUAUGUCAAACAUGGCGCAUCCUUUUCAGUGAUUUGGGGCCAUAUUUCUGAAGUGGUUGUGACGGCUGCCAAGGAGGACUUGGGCGCUCUUCAUGUGGAACUUCAAGAUGACCACAUGAAAAGGUGGGAAGCUAUUGGGAUGUUAAGACAUAUACUUAGUUAUCUUCUGGUGCCAUGGGAGUUAAAGAAAUGUGCCAUCAACAUCUUGAUUUGCAUUACAGAUGCAAAUAAUUCUCAGAGGUGUGAUGAAGAACAGACUGACUGCACGUCUUAUAUGCCCAAUCUUUAUUCUGCUCUGCAGGCUGUUCAACAGGUUAUCAUGUUUGCGAGUGAAUCAGAGUUACGGAGGAAUGCCUUUGAUGCAUUCAAGAGGAUACUGGCUGAUGUUCCCACUUCUCAGAGGUUUGACAUUUUAAAAGCUUUGAUCAAAAACAGUGACUCUUCGUCGAUGAUUGCGAUUCUUUUAGACGUUGUCAGAGGGGAAAUGCAGAAGAAAAACUGUCUAAGACCAAAUGAUAACGAUAUGAACAGAGAGAAUAAAGCACACCAACUUUCCCCCUUUUGGAGUGCCAGUGUUCUCGAACUGGUGGAGUUUGUUUUAAGGCCUCCCAGGGGUGGACCUCCUCCCCUUCCCGAGCAUGGUGAUGCGGUUCUAUCUGCGCUCAACUUUUACCGAUUUGUGUUGUUAACAGAGUCAGAAGGAAAAACAAACUAUACUGGAAUAGUGUCUAAAAACAAUUUAGAAAAGGCAUACAACGAGUGGCUUCUUCCUCUAAGAACUCUGGUGAGUGGCAUAGAGGCAGAGAAUAAUAAGGGCGAUCGUGUUCAAACAACGGUUGACAUUCUUUGUUCUCUAAACCCCAUUGAAAUGGUUUUGUACCGUUGUAUCGAGCUUGUUGAAGAAAAGCUUAAGCAAUCUACUUAGUUGUUUUAUUACAUAUUCUUUUCCUUGCAUUGCAUUACAAUGAAGGACAGUUGGUUUUAAUUACAUUACAAAAUAAUGUGUUUGAAUUUUGUGUCAAUUUCUACUAAUUCCAUUGUUUUAUUUAUAA